AUGCAGCCUGCUCGUCCAGCGGCCAACGCCAACCAACCUCCAGUCAGGAUAUACAAUGCCGUAUACUCCUCUGUACAGGUUUAUGAGUGCAUGAUCAGAGGGAUCGCUGUCAUGCGUCGACGCGGCGAUUCAUAUGUAAACGCGACCCAGAUCCUCAAGGUUGCGGGGAUUGAUAAAGGCAGAAGGACAAAGAUUUUAGAGAAGGAAAUCUUGCCUGGCAAACACGAAAUCGUUCAAGGUGGUUAUGGUAAAUACCAAGGAACAUGGAUUCCUAUUGACAGAGGGCGCGAUAUUGCUUUGCAGUAUGGCGUAUUACCGCUGCUAGCACCGUUAUUUGACUUUACACCAAGCACCAGUUCGCUUUCGGCAUUACCGAUGACUGCUCCUAAUCUUGCCGGAGUCACACCCCGCCCCCUUUCCGCCUCAUCCUCGUAUGGCAGUCUCAGCGGAAGCUAUUUACCUGGCGUUCUUGCUCCUCCUCCUAUAAUGCCUGGCUCUGCUCUUCGUCUCUUAAAUCAAGGCCGGGCUCAAGGACUUUUCACUCCAUCUACUUCCGCAGCUCACGGUUCAAGCCGAUUCACCCAAGUCUCUCCAGCUCCAGGUCAAUCUCAUUCUCCGUUUUCUCCCGCGUCAGCCACUCCUCCACCCCUAAAUACUCUGAAAAGACCACGGUCUGAUCCAGAGUCUACGACUCCUGCUCCACCCGUUGACGUGCCGAUGAGUGAUGGCACUCGACCGCCAUCUACUGGAGCACAAACAAAUGGCGCUGCGGCCAGUGAUGACGGACCGUCACCUGCUAAGCGGCCUCGCAAGGAAUCUGCACCUCCAGAAUCUAUUUCUUCCUUUACUCGAGCAGCAACCGCCAUUACUCCGUCUAACCCUAGGCCCGCAAGCGCAUCAAGCGGGGGUGCUCCGCCUGCUACGCCUACGACUACUUCUGAACGAGAACAUAUACCUCGUUUUGCGACUAAGCCUACCUACCCGCGCAACCUCGACCUUUCCGCGCCCCUCAAAGAUACCCGACGCGCCGCAGUCAUUGCUUCUAUAUACCAAGGUGAUGAUCCAGUCGCGGUCCUAAAUUUGUUGCGUGAAAUUGCUUCCUUCCCUACAAACGGUAUUCACGGAGGCACUACCCCUACUCCAUCCAACAAUGGAAGAACUAUCGAUGUCGAUACGAUACUGGACGAACAGGGUCAUAAUGCUUUGCACCUUGCUUCGUCGCUAUCACGCGUGUCUACUGUACAGGCGCUUCUAUCCCAUGGCGCUGAUGUUCAUCGAGGUAAUCAUUUAGGAGAAACACCACUCAUGCGUACAAUGCUUUCGACACAUUCGUACAACGCUCAAUCACUACCCACAAUAUUGCAAACUGGUCUUCAUCAAUCAAUUCUCACCGUUGACACUUCACGGAAGAGCGUCUUACAUCACAUUGUUUCGCUGGCAGGAGUCAAAGGACGCGCUAUGGUGGCACGAUAUUAUCUUGACCAGAUCUUCUACUGGAUUGCGAAAGAAAUGAUGGGUGACUUUGGAUGUAUCGUCGAUCUCCAAGAUGAGCACGGGGAUACUGCGCUCAAUAUAGCAGCUCGUGUUGGCAGCCGUACACUCGUGAGGACUUUGGUUGACGUGGGUGCGAACAAGACGUUGUCGAAUAAACUGGGGCUGAGACCGGGGGAUUUUGGCGUUGAGAGUGAGGAACUGUCUGUUGGACAUAAGGCAGAAGAUAUUGUACAGAUGCUUCGCCCCGCAGCUCCAGCGCCCAUACAGAAAUCCCAGGAUGUCAUAGCUGAUAUGACUGCCAUGGUCCAAUCACUUGCAACCGAUUUCCAAGCCGAGAUCAAAGUCAAACAAGAUGCUCUCGACGUUACACAAGCACAUCUUCGAGCUGCAACGCGUGAGCUUUCAGAGCAAAGAAAGCAAAUACAAUCUUGGCAAGCGCGUUGUACGGAACUUGACCUGGUAGCACAGCGCGUGAAAAAUCUCGAAAAGGCAAUUGAAGAAGAAGAUACGUGGGAUUGGACUGGGAGAAGUGGUACAACGAGCUUCAAUAAGAGUGAUAAGCCGGAUAAAGAGAUUUCCAAGGAAGCACAAAGACCGGGUCGGCCGAUGGAAGAGGAUAUCGAUGCGGACGCCUCCGCGGAUGAUGAUGACGAAGCCAUGCCUCUAGAUGCGUCUACAAAUCCAAUGUCGACGCUGUCAACUGCCACAUCGCCGGCAUUUCGAUAUAGAGGGGCUGCCUCAUCUUUGGCCGGCAAGUCAAGGAGCAGUGAGCAAUUCGAUAUACCACAAAAUCCAUCUUCCGACGCCGAUCAAGAUCUCCCGAUACCUAUGGGUAACGACGUCGAAACGUUAAUCAAGCUACGGAGAAUGAAGAUGUGGCACGUGAGAGUGGAAGAACUUAUGGAAGAGCGACUGAAGAGUUUGCGUGGGAUGAGUGCUGAGAAAGAAUAUAUGUGUCGAAAAAUUGUCGCCUUGUGUACGGGGAUGGCAAUUGAUAAGGUUGAAGAUAUGUUGGAUAAUUUGGUCAUUGCAAUGGAAAGUGAAGCGAACAUCGUAGAUAUUGGUCGAGUGUCUGGAUUUAUGCAGAAGGCACGUUCACUUUAA